UAAUGCUUUCAGAAUACAGCUGAAAUUGGAAAGUUUCACUGUUUAUAUAUAUAUAUAUAUUGCUUUCUCCUCUUCAUCUUCAGAUGUCUCUUUAAAGCUCAAACUUUUCUGAUUUCAAAUCCUUAAUAAUCCUUAAUUUCUCUCUGAAAAUGGCAUCCUUAGAAGAAUUCUUCAACAUAGAAUUCAUUACCCAAUUUCUUUUGGGAGAUUCCUUAGAUCAUCAAACCCAUUUCGAAACAGAUUCCUCCUUUCUCCACCCCAUCAAAUUGGAGGAUUUCUUCUUCGAUUCUCAAAUUACGCCGCCGCUGCCGCUGCCGCCGCCGGUCCCAGCGGAAGGGUCCGACAACGAGACGAAGUCCAGCGAAGUUGUCCACCCGUCGUUGCCGAAGACCGACAUGUCGGGCCAAGUCUGCCAUGUCAAGGCGGAAGAUGCCGUGGCAGGGGCCACCGGCGAGAAGGUGAAGAAGCAUUUCCGGGGAGUGCGGCGGCGGCCAUGGGGUAAAUUUGCAGCGGAGAUCCGUGACCCGAACCGGAAAGGGAGCCGGGUUUGGUUGGGGACUUAUGACAGUGAUGUAGACGCGGCGAAGGCUUACGAUUGUGCGGCGUUUAGGCUGAGAGGGAGGAAAGCGAUUCUGAAUUUUCCAUUGGAGGCCGGAGAACCGGACCCGCCGGCGGUGGCGAACUCGAAGAGGGGGAGGCAGAAAUGGACGAAUGUGAGGAAGGGAUUAAUGGCAAUGAAUGAGAAGUGAAUGCUGAUGAGUAGAAAUUAAUCAAAACAAGUUAAAACAACUAUCUUUAUGAUUGAGUUUAAUUAAGUGUAAUAUUUAAUUUGCCAGCUAUUUUAAUGUAAAUAUAGAUAUAGAGUUCUUACUCUUAUUCCAUGGUCUAAUUUAUGACCAAAAUAAGGAAAAAUAAAAGAACUUACACAAAGUU